CAACAGCUUAGCUGUCACCUCGCUGUGCAGCAAUUGUGAAGUCUUUUUCACAGAUACAGCAGUUGCGCAUUUGUUUGGUCCUGCUGUCCUACAGGCAGAUUUCGCCUCUCUUAUACACUGAUUUCAGUAUUCUUUGUCAACCCGUGUACCGUUGACCUCUCAGAGAAUCGCAUACAAUGGUGCGCACAACUUCACGAGCUCCCUCUGUGGGUCAGAGUUCUGUGUCCAAGAUUCGCGACCGACGCAGCAAGAAGGCCUACAAGGUCCAACUCGAAUCUGUCGUGACCAAGAAGAAGAAGCUCAAAUUGAAAGAUAUCCAAGGUUCCGCAAAACCCGAAGCAGGCUACACCUUUCUCCCCGUCGGUUAUGCCGACCUGGCCGAGCGUUGUAAAGAGAAAUCCAGACAACUAGGCGUCGACGUAUCCGUUGUCUCCGCUGGCACAAGACGUCCUGGAGCACCCGACCCACAAAAGCUGACACAUCACGUACAUCGCGUGGGCUAUCACUUCCGUUCCGACAUCUUUGACCAGGCCUGCAACUUUCUAGGUUACCGUGAGGUGAAUGGCAAGCUGGUGCGCGACACCGGUUUUGACACGAAUUCACGUUUCGAACGCACAAUCGCCCGUUUUGCUCCUCGUUUCGAUCUCAACGUCAACAACCGAUCAGUCGAGCAGAGCACAAGAGUCAAAGAAUACAUCCGCGAGCUCUUCCCAAAGAUUCCCGAAGCAGAUCUUGAGGAAAUUUACAAGCGCGCAUGGGAACAGGGUACCACGACUGUAGGUAACGCAUCUGACUUGUCACUUUCAAGGCAGGUACAACUGGCUACGAUUGCCCGCAUCAGACACACCUACACCGAUUACGACAAGCUGCUCAAGAUAGUCAGCUGGAAAGAAGCCAGACAGAUUGUUGAGCCCAUAUCACUCACAAAGCUGAUCGAAUGGCGUGGAGAGAAUGACAACGAUACGGAAGACUUUGAGGAAAUCCUUCGAGAGACCAUUGUUAUUGACGAUGAUGAGGAGCUCGAGGAUGCUAACAGCGAUACUGAUAGCAACACUGCUGCUUCUGGGGACGACGGUAGUGACACCAGCUUGGAAAUCUUGCAGCAGACCUUGGCUCCCAAGGACCUCAACGUCGCUGUUGGCGAGAGGAUUCGUAAUGCUGUUGCCUCCGUCGGCCGUGCAGCUGGCAGAGCUUUGCCUGCUGCAAUCCAGAAUCGCUGGCAUGACGCCCGUGUGCGACACGGUGCUAUUGACCAAGCUGUCAAUCCUCACGGCCAUGGCGGCCAAAUUUCUGUCCCUCUUGAUCAACGAGGUAAUGUUCCGCGCAAGGUUGUCUCCAACGGAGUGGAGUAUGUAAGGGUUUCAUCGAGUCCAGAGCCAGAAAAGGAGCAGCGUUCUCAAUCCAACAUGCCUGGUGCCUGGCCAGUGGGCGGUGCUGGACUUGCUUCCGAACACCGCCACGUUCCGAGUCGUGGCCACCGCGCGGCAGCAGGCGUGCCCAUAUGGGAUCGACUUGAAAGACGGCCCGUGUAUCCGGCAUCCACAGCACCAGUUGUUGACUUGACUUCCUCCCCAGUAACGCUGCGAGGAGGGUAUGGGGAUAGAAUCUCCUACACAGGCCCACCCAGGUUCGGCUACCAAACAGGUGAGCCGUCGGCACAUGUCGGUGCUUCUAGAGGAAUCCCGGAUCGCAAUGUGUACCGGCCGGGGAUUGCGGAUGAUGAUGUGACCAUUACUGGAGUUCAGGCCAGGCCACAGGCUCGCCGCUAUCAGUCAUACAACUAUGGCGGCGCUCAGGAUCGAGUGGAGGUUAUCAAGCCGGAGGAUUGCCCCAUUCCUUCUCGCGAGGAGCCUUACCCCGGCUAUCCGUCGCUGCCAACAUUUUCGCAUCACGGUGAAACUGAGAGAAAGGACGUGAACGUGAGAGCCCCUCCUGGAUUCACUUUGCAGACCAGAGCUACGCAGCGUCAGCCUGUGUAUGGUCAGCCUGCGUACCCUCAAAUGAGGUCUCAGACUGUGGCAAUGCAGGUGGUACCUCGCCCUGUACAUGGCGCCCCAGCAGCAGUCCAGCCAAUGCCGCCUCAGGACAGAGCACCAUCGGUGGGUCAAGCAGCACCAAGUUUUGGCGCGCCUUCUCCACCAAGGUACUUUAUGGGUAGUAGUCAUCAGCCGUACUACGUGCCCGACAGAUGAGGUUCUUGUUAAAACAACAUGUCAGAUCAACAACCAGGAGGAACGCCGGGAUUCCUCAAAAAGAGAGUCGAACAGAACAGGUCCGCGUAGGUUCUGUUGCAAUAUCACGCAUGCAAAGAGU